AUGGGUGUUACGCCCAGAACAGACCGCCCCGUUGCAGUUAUCGGUGCCGGUGUCCUCGGCCGGCGCAUUGGCUGUGUCUUCAUCGCUGCUGGCUACCAUGUCCACAUACGGGAUCCCUCGCCGGUGGCUCUCCGCGACGCGGCGGAGUUCAUCGAUCACCACAAAGCCGAGUUCUCGUUAAUGCCGCGCAUUCACAAGGCACGGGAAGAAGAGAAAAAUGCUGGCGACCACAAAGUCGAGACCUCCAUUUGCCAAAUUGGCCUCGAGUCGUCUACUUCCGCACCGUACGGUAUCUGUAAGACAUUCACUGAGCUCGAGCCUGCGGUUUCCAAUGCUUGGUUGAUUAUCGAGGCUGUGCCUGAGGUGCUGCAGUUGAAGAUUGAUACUUUGGCGGACUUGGAUAAGUACGCUCCGGAGGAUUGUUACAUCGGCUCCAACAGCUCCUCUUUCAAGUCAAGUUUGAUGCUUGCUAAGGUCACUCCCAAGCGUCAGCAGAAAGUGUUUAAUAUUCACUUCGCUAUGCCUCCAGCUAUUCGCAUGGUCGAGCUGAUGACCAGUGGCAAGACCGAAACCGAGAUUUUCCCUUACUUGGAGACAGUCUUGGGUGAGUGUGGCCUGCUGCCAGUGACAGCUCGCCGCGAAUCGACCGGAUUCGUCUUCAACCGCCUGUGGGCAGCAAUCAAGCGGGAAAUCAUGUGCAUCCUCUCCGAAGGCGUCAGCGACGCCAGCGAAAUCGACCUUCUCUGGGAACACAUGUUCAGAAACGGCCCUCUACCCUGCCAAUUGAUGGACCAAAUCGGUCUUGACACCGUCGCCUUCAUCGAAGACAACUACAUCCAGGAGAAGGGUCUCCCCUCCGCCCCAACCGUCGACUGGCUGCGCAAGGAAUAUAUUGAGCAAGGACGCCUCGGCAAGAAAAGUGAAAAGGGCGGCCUCUACCCCCCGCUCGCGAAAUCCUCGUCCGCAGAAGCAACCCCAGCAAACCCACAUAGCGCCGCAAAAGAUAUCUACCUUCUUGACGUCGGCCUCGGUGGAAACGCCAAGGACGUCUCACAGGUGCAUUCGAACGGCAAAAUCCUGCGCCUCAACCUCGCAACCCAGAAGCUCACCCCCGUCGUGGUCGGCCAGAACCUGCCCGACGGUAUUGACGUAUCACUGUCCACGCAGCGCGUUUUCUGGACGAAUAUGGGCCGUAGCACGGCGGGCUGUGACGGCUCGGUCUGGUCGGCUGAUUUGGAGGGCGGCGAUGUCACCUGUCUUGUUCCCGUCGGACAGGUACACACGCCCAAGCAGCUCGCUGUUGUCGAAUCACGGAAGCAGAUUUACUUUUGUGACCGUGAGGGCACAAGCGUGCACCGCUGUGACUAUGACGGUAGUAACCACGUUGUCCUGGUGCAGCGGCGUGUGGUGCCUGGCUCUAGUCUGCUGGAACAGAUGACGAGUUGGUGUGUGGGUGUAGCUGUCGAUGCUGGACGCGGUCUCUUGUAUUGGACACAGAAGGGGCCUUCCAAGGCUGGUCUGGGUCAGAUAUUCUGCGCUGGGUUGGAUAUUCCUGCCGGUGAGACUGCUGAGAAUAGGACUGAUAUCCGGCGUCUGUGGAACAACCUCCCUGAGCCUAUUGAUAUUGAGUUGGAUAACGAGAGCCAGACGCUGUACUGGACUGAUCGUGGUGAGCACCCAUUCGGCUGCACGCUGAAUCGUGCGUACGUUGGGGGUGAAGAGAUGGAUAUGGAGAAGGUUAUUUUGGCGCGUCACUUCCACGAGCCUAUCGGCUUGAAGUUGGAUAAGGCGAAUAACAUUGUGUAUGUGGUUGACCUGGGUGGUAGCUUAUACUCGGUGUCAUUGGAGGAUGGAGUUAAGACUGAGCUUGCGCGCAAUGAUGCUUGUUACACAGGUUUGACUCUUGUUUAG